UCUUCAAGCUUAGAAAGAGUUGGUAUUGUAACAAAUCUAGAUCUUGCGUAAUCACGAGCUCUCAUUAGAGUGACAUGACUAACACAAAGCUAAUCUCCUAUAUAUAUAGAAGAAGAGAAACACACUUCAAACUCCAAACCAGAAAUCUUCUUCUCUCUCUCACUCUCAUAAAACUCACAGCUUAAAAGAGUGACAAUGAAGGCCUAUUGCACAAAACCAGUGUUGAUCACUUGUACAAUCCUUCUCUUCCUCAUUCUUGCCCAAGAAAACAGGGCUGCUGCAGUAGAGCCAUGUAACCCUAUGCAGCUCAUGCCAUGCGAGGAGGCCAUAGUGAAAGGCUCUAACCCGUCCAAACUGUGUUGCGACAGGUUGAAACAGCAACAACACUGUGUUUGCCAGUACAUGAAGAACCCGAACUUCAAAUCUUUCCUUGGCUCACCAAAUGCAAAAAAGAUCGCCACUCACUGUCACUGCCCUAUACCCAAGUGCUAGUUCUCUGUUUUCGUUCUCUCUCUUUUAAACCAUGCAUGUACUUCUUGCUUUAAAUUGAGUUUGCUUGUCACACUGUCGCUUCUGUAUUAAGUGAAACACAUAUCAUGUUCUUCUUCAAGUGUACUACUUUUUAGCUUUGGUUAAUGUUUCUUCUGUAAGUGUGUGUGUCGUCAAAGGAAUCAACUUUAUUGUUUUCAUAAA